AUGCUUUCAACUUCGCCAUCACCGGUCACCAUUAUAGCAUUCGUGGCGCGGAAGCCCGGCACAACAAUCGAGGACUUCAAGACGUACUUUGAAACAAAGCACGUCCCUUGGGUCAUUUCACUCGUCGAGGCAGGCUGCGGACCUCAAGUCCUGCCCCUGAGCUAUGCGCGGUACUACAUCGACGACAGCAAGCCUGCAUCUCUGCCUGUUGGGCCAGGAGACUAUGACGCCGUGUCCUGCGUGACUUUUCGCGACAUGCAGCACCGGGAUGAGUACCUCGCCGAGAUCACCAAACAUUAUGAGGCUAUUGGUGCAGAUGAGAAGACUUUUAUGGAUCGCAGCAAGCUCAAGGUCAUGACCUGCUCAGAUAUGACGUGGUGA